CCGGAAUCCCGCUGCCGAAAGAACGUUCUUUACUGUUGGCGGAUAGGACGCUCGGUUUGGUAUGGAUGUGGCCGUUACUCAUUUGCUCGAAUUCCCCACUACUCGGAAUGGAAUUCCUCUGUAUGCAGACGACAAGUGUCACUUUUCUACGUCCAACAGCUUUUCGGCUAUUAAGCAUCGCCGUGAGAAUGGGGCUUCCCAAUCAAACACCGUUGUCGCAUCCUCUAUGGCCCCGCAUGACACAGGCAGACAUCUACUAAGGCCACCUAAAAAAGUCUCGAUUUCUUCCCCGGUACCUCGACGGUUAUCCGAUCUAAUGUAUGUGGAGCAUUAUGAAAAUGGUGGUGGAUAUGCCCUACACGCUUAUGCAGACGAACUGGCUCAUCUCUCCAGGGCUGAACUGGAUUUGUUCGCUAGAAAAUACUUCAAGUCAUUAUUUUCUGAGCGCCGCAAGCCUGGAUUCUCCGUGCCAUUUUCAUAUUACUGUAUAGGAGUGGUACACGGUGCUGCCCGGCGGAUCCCGGAAUUACUGCAUCGUCUGUCUCAAGCAUACCCGCAACUGAAGGUUGCCACGAAUCCAUUAGAACAUAAGAGCGCUACAGAGUCAAUUUCCUUGUCUAUGUAUGCUCAAAACGUCUAUAAAACCUACACACGCGGAAUUUUUCGAUACGGUCCCAUGCAUGCUAUCAGCAUCGUCGGAGUGAAGGGUGAGGAACAUGGGUGUUUCUCUCGGGAACUCAUUGAAAUGAUUGAUAAAGACCCUUUCCUUCACUUAGUUACUCCAUGGGGAAAAUUAUCUAGUCUGGAAAAUAUGGAUCCCCAUGACAGUAAUGACGGACCCAUUAUCUGGGCAUGUCAUGGAGAGCAGUCCGUUCCACUAAGUAACUCAUUAAACAAAAAUCGAAAAAGGAUGUCACAGAAUUCCGACCUGACUGAGUUACUUGUCAGUCGGCGUACAAGACGCAUUCGGCAGGUCCUCGUUACCGAUCGAACUCCUUGUCAUGCUGACCAUGUGGGUGAUGGUUUUGGCCGUCACACAACUGCUGCCGUCGGACUGCUGAAAGCCAUAUAUCCCCCAAAUUCCAGGGAGCUCAAUCGCGCAUCCAAGGACGUCGUAAAUCCUCCUGCAUCCUCAUGCACAUUCCCCCCAAAACCGGUAGUGGACCUCGAUGAAUCAAAAAGAAACCCAUACUCCACCGAAUUUCGUUCCCCUGGUCGGAUUGUGAAAGAUGUCGUCGUGUUCGAUCCUCGACACUAUCCCGACUUAGUGAAACGACUGCGGCUAGAUAUCAUGGAACCACCGGCUAGCCAGGUGAACCAUUUGUUCAGUUGACUCAUCUUGCUCAUUCACUUCUUUUUGAAUCAUGCCGAUGUGUUACAUUCAUUUGGAGCUUUCUGUCACACUAUAUUGCUAUUCUAGUUCCAUUUAACCUGGCCCGUGGCUGAAUGGAUCACAAACCUUCCUUGUGAUUCGGAGGUCGCUGGUUCUAGCCUGCGUAGGGAAUCGGCAGGCCCUAGCAGUAUCCUUUGUUCAUGCACAGCUGGUAUUGGUUGCAUGGCAGCGAUGCGUUGGUAUUGCGUACCGGCAUACUGGUGAUGCCUUUUUCCUUUUUCUUCUUAACCCUGGUUAAGGGACCCAGACUCUAACGAAAUCGGUUGGAUAAAACGUCCAGCAUUCCGUCUGGAAGAUGAUUCGCUUGUCUCAUGGUAGUGCCCUAGAUUCAACCAAUGGCAUUUUGCCACAUUUUCAUUUUCAAGCUCAUUGUGUAGACGGACUUUAUAAACUAAUGAAGUCGUAUCCUAAGUACCACGUUUUGUCUUCUCGCAAGAGUGUUCCUGGUAGACUUCUGUUUUAUAGUCGAGCGUCUGGGCUCUGAGAUCGGCACAUUCGCGAUCCAUAGAAGGCCACAACAACCCUAUGCCUUAUUCCCUGUCCGGCAUGUUCCAACCUCGACGAUUCAGUGUUGGCGCAGUGACUCAGGAGCCUGACUUACGUUUGUGCUUGAAGAUCCAGCCCACGCUUUUAUCUAGGAUUGGUACUGUGGUGUUAUCUCUGUCUGUACAAAAUUACUUGUGGUUUAGUUGACAACGAAGCAUCGGAGCAAAGCAACGGCUUGAUAUUAAAGCUUCUCUUUUAUCAGUUGGCACUUUAGGGUACAACAUUCGACCUUCUCUGGACGAAUCAUAGAUGGUUACGGCGUCGGGUUUGAUCAUUUGUCGGACGCCGUCUGUCGCUACGCUUUCCGUUUGCUCUUCCUCUUUGUAUUCACCCCCACCCGCAUUCACAUUCACACCGUGUCUCUCUGAAAUGCCACCGUUCGCGCUAUCAAUGCUGAGUUCACCCGAAUCGAGUUUGUACUACAUGGUAUUAAACGCAUCCAAGAGAGAAAGUCUCACUGGUUUUUGGCCUAUCACUGACAGGAAAAUUGCUUCGGUUAUUAUGUACGCCGUUUAUAACUGUCUGCGCAAAUUCGCGCUCUAUCGGCACUUUACUGCAGCCUAUCCCACAGUCGCUACUCUAUAGUCCGUUCACAUCGGAACGACUUGACUUCACGUCACAUUCAUCUGCGUGUUCUUCGCAAACAAAUCUUGACAAUCGCACAUAACAAUCAUGUGACCUGUCAUUUUUACUAAUAUUAAAUACGCAUCUAUUUGUUUCGGGCUUGGUUGAAAUGCGGGUCCACAAUUUCAAGCCUUGCAUCAAUGAUCCAUUCUACGCAUUAGGUAAGAGUGAGAAAUACCCCAGCUAUUGGGCCACAAUACAAUUCGAUUAGAUGGCAUUAACG